UUUGGUCGUAUUAAUGAAGAGUAUAGUCUUUGUAUUUGUUUUUGUCCAGUUAUUUACUUCAGAAUUAAAUUCAAAUAUUGCUUUAACCUAUUAUUAUGUUGGGUAACCUUAAAGAGUUUAUUUCAGUGGUUCAAGACGGCUUAACAUCCAAUAAUAAUUUACGUCAAACGUUGCAAGAAGUUCAAAAAGUGAAAAACAUAUUUAGGGACAAGCAAAAGGUUACAAGCGAAACCGAAAGCAAAGUUAAUUAUGCUGCUGGCGGUGAACUACUUGAGAAGUAUCAAGAAAACUGGGCAGAGUUACACGAUAAUGCGGACAAAAAUGCGAGAGCGGCGGAGGAAGUGGACAAAUUAAUCAUAGAAUUGCACGAAACUACAAAAAUUCGAUUGCAAAGUGCAACAGAGUUGGCUCAGAAUUUAACCCACUUGCCUAAUUUGACGGCUUCCGUGGCACAAUGUAUGGAUAGCUUGAAAAAUGUGCAUACAUUAUUGCAUGAGGUUGAGAAUCAAUUGGUUGAGUUUGAAGACAUUAUUGAAAGGAGUAAUAUAGAGAAAUGGAAGCUUGACCACCAUUAUCAUUUAACACUUUACAAAGAAAAGAAAAUGGCUGGUUUGGAAGAAAUUCGAAACCAAUUAGCGAAAGAGAAUUUGGAGAAAAAUAAUGAAAAUGAAAAAAGGCAGCUGGCAGAGUUACAGACGAAGAGAGAAAGCAGCGCAGUGGCAUUCAAAAGUGACAUGGCAAAGUACUUGGCCAGUGGAAAUGUGCCAUCCACACCCACAUCAGCACCAAAGAUAACGUUAGAACAGAUACAAUUGGAUGAUGACAAGGCAGACUUGGAAAAAUUCCUUGAGAGUUGAUUUACAACGGCAAGAGACUUACCUGAUGGUGAUAAACACAGAGCUUUUAUUAUAGGAUAAGAUAUAUUAUGUUAUAUUAUUGUAUUACAAAUUAUAUUAAAUAAUGUUGUUGUA